CACUCUCAUCAUUCCGCUCCCAGGAACACUCAACACCACACCAAUGGCUUCAUCAUCAUCUUCUUCUCCUGCUCUCUCCCUCAUUCUCAUUGCCUGCAUCUUCUCCCUCACUCUCUCCCCACCUCAAGCCCUAGCCCAGUCGCCAUCGGCCCCAGCACCGUCCCCUUCGGGCCCCGCAAACCUCACAGGGAUCCUCGACAAGAACGGGCAGUACACGUCCUUCAUCCGGCUGCUCACCACCACACAGGUUGCCAAACAGAUCGAGAACCAGCUCAACACCUCCACCGAGGGCCUCACCGUCUUCGCCCCCACCGACAAUGCCUUCAACAACCUCAAGGCCGGCACCAUCAACGACCUCAGCAAUGAGCAACAGGUCCAACUCGUUCUCAACCACGUCGCCCCGAAGUACUACAGCCUCCUGUCUUUCCAGAGCGUCAGCAACCCGGUAAGAACGCAGGGCAACUUUGCCGGCCUCAACUUCAGCAGCCAGGGCAACCAGGUCAAUGUCUCCACCGGCAUGGUCCAGACACCGAUUAACAACGCGUUGUACCAGCAGUCCCCGCUGGCCGUGUACCAGGUGGACAAGGUCUUGCUUCCACCAGAGCUGUUCGAGGCUCCAGCCCCAGCAUCAUCCACUCCCGCUGCACCGAACAGCUCCUCCAGCAGCAACUCGACGACAUCCGCAAAGGCGCCAUCUGCAGAGAACAGCAAUUCAGGCGCGAGCGGGAAGAGCAACAUGUGGCUAGGGUUUGUUGUUGGGGUUGGGAUGAUGUGCAUGGGAUUUCUGUCGUGAGAGGUGAAGAUGAAGUGAGUUCUUGCAUAUAAAGCAUGUCUUGGCACAUCUUGUGUUUCUUUUCUUUUGUUACAUCUGAGCUUCAUUGAAUUUCCAUUGCUAUUUGUUUGAACUUUGGAGAACCUUAUUCAAUUA